AUGGAAAUUGAUCCAAAAGACUUUAACCAUCGUUAUGAGAAACUUUCUACGGGACAUAGUUAUCAUUUUAUAGAUCAAUAUCCUCGGGGUGACCACAGCCCUGACGCCCCCACCUUGUUGCUGGUCCACGGCUUCCCCGACUGUUGGUACGGAUGGCGCCAUCAAAUUAAACCCUGGGCGAUGCAAGGAUGGCGAGUGAUUGUACCUGACAAACUUGGGUAUGGGGGAACGGACCAACCAAGGGACAUUCGAAAUUAUACAACCAAGUCGAUCUGCGCAGAUCUGGCUGCACUGCUCGAUCUUCUUGGAGUACGGCGUGUCAUCUUGGUUGGACACGACUGGGGCGCCGAGACGGUCUGGCGCUUCUGUCUAUGGUAUCCAGAGCGGGUUCGAGCUGUUAUUGCGCUUUCGGUCCCCUUCUACCCCCCUGCGCCAGAGUACAUUCCGAUGGACGAGAUGAUCCGGCGGGUGCCCAAGUUUGGCUACCAAAAGUAUUUAGCAGAUCCCAAGUCAGCAGUAGAGAUACAUCAAAACGUCCCCGUCUUUAUUGAUGCUAUCUAUCGUUCUCCACUCACAGGGAAGGAUGUAUCAUUUGUCAGAGAAGGGCAACUUGAAGCACUGAUUAAAGGGCGCACCCCAGCGCCAAAGAAGACCGAUAUUCUCUCCGACAAGACCGCCAAACUCCGAGUGGAAGAAGAAAGAGAGGGAAAACUCGGCUCCUCACUCCCCCCUAGCUUACCCGCUCUGUUUUUCUGGCCUCGCUCCGAUCCGACAUGCCAGCCACUGCAUGUUCAGCGUAUGCGCAAAUUUGUCCCCUCAAUUGAGGUAGUUGAGCUUGCAGGCAAAGGGCACUGGUUGAUGGUCGAGGCCCGCGAACAGGUUACCAACAAGGUGAUUGAAUGGGUCGAGACUCUGGUCCGGCAAGAAAAUGAGCGAGGUGGCAAGGCUAUGACUAAAGCGAGGUUGUAG